AUGGUAAGAAAAAGUGUAGCUAUCAUUGGUGCAGGUGUUUCAGGGCUUGUAGCAGGAAAAGUUCUUUUAGAAGAUGGUUUUGAUAUUACUAUAUUUGAUCGACAUAAAACAUUAGGUGGUAUUUGGUCUCCCAAUUGGGCGUAUGUUCAUCAACAUACUCAAACAAUAGCAAAUUUAAUGGAAUUUUCUAAUCUACAUAAUACAGAAGCUAUGGAUUGUGCUCCGUGGCAAAAUAUUCAUAAUUAUCUAAAACGAUAUGCCAAUAAAUUUCAUCUUAUCGAACGAAUUCGAUUUGAACCAAAAAUUAUAUUAAUUGAUAAAAAUGAUUUAAAAAAUGGCAAGCUUCCUUGGAUUGUUAAAGUUGAAACAGCGAGUGGUGAUCAUGAAACAUUCGAGUUCGAUUUAAUUGUUGUAGCUACUGGCCUUUUUUCUACACCAGAAAAGCCAAAUUUUCGUGGUCAAAAUAAAUUUAGUGGAUCAAUUAUGCAUAUUACUGAUAUUAAAAGUGAAGAUCAAUUAAAAAACAAACAUGUAAUAGUAAUUGGUGGUGUUAAAAGUGCCAUUGAUAUGGCUACACUAGCAGCAAUGCAUGCAAACUAUGGAUUUAGUCGAAUAUUUACACAUAUAUUUGAUCCAUUUCCUAAUGCACCGCAUAGCGCUGCAUUUUAUUUUCUUCAUCGUGUCUUUUCAUUUGUGUUCACUAAAAUCACUGAUAGUAUAGCUAUUUUUUUGAUUAGUAAAUAUAAAUCAGAUUUAUUUGCUGAUGAAAAAUUCAUACCAAAAGGUUCUAUAUGA